AUGGCGGCAGAACAUGCGCUCGAUGGCAUCUUUGCCAUCAACAAGCCGUACGGCAUGAGCUCCGCCCAGGUCAUCCGCGACUGCAAGACAUACUUCAACCCCUCCAAUGUGUUCAAGUCAAUGCUCGAGCAAGAAAAGGCCGCCCGCCAGAAGGAAUCAAACUUCCAGCAGAACCGCCGCCGCAAGGUCAAGCGGGCCAUUGAGGUGAAAAUGGGACACGGCGGUACUUUGGACCCUAUGGCCACCGGCGUCCUCAUCCUGGGCGUUGGCAAAGGCACCAAGUCCCUCUCCAACUUUCUUGGCUGCACAAAGACCUACGAGACAGUUGUCGUUUUCGGUGCCUCGUCCGACUCCUACGAUCGAUGCGGCCACCUGCUUAAGAAGCGACCAUACGACCACAUUACCAAAGAGAAGGUCUUGGAGGCACUGGAAAACUUCCGAGGAACCUAUCAGCAGAUGCCACCCCUCUUCUCCGCACUCAAAAUGGAGGGCAAACCACUAUACGAGUAUGCGCGCGAGGGAAAGCCUAUCCCGCGGGAGAUACAGACGAGAGAGGUCACUGUCACGGAGUUGGAGUUGCUGGAGUACUACGAGCCUGGAACACACACCCACUACUGGCCAACGGCCGAGGCCACCGCGGCGGAGAAGCAAUAUGCAGAGCAACUGUGGCGCGUAGAGAGGGACCAGGCAGCGGGCAAGACGAUGACGCCCGAACAGGAGGAGGCCGACACUCAAGCGCUGGCGGAACACGAGGACCUGAAGCGCAAGUUUGAAGAGAGGCAGGAUGACCUGGUCAAAGAGCGGCAGUCCAAGAAACAAAAGAAGGCCAGUACCCAACCUCAGACCCCAACCGCCGCGGCCAGCGCAGCCGAGCCAACAUCACCAGUCAUGUCCGGCGCGCUGGGGGAGCUCCCACCCAAGGGCAGGGGAUCCGACCUGGUUCCACCCGUUCAGGAAGGUACAGCCCCUCCGUGGGAAGACAAAGGACCUCCGGCCGUCAAGGUACGCAUGACAGCCACGUCGGGCUUCUACGUGCGGUCGCUGGCCCACGACCUGGGCGAGAAGCUGGACUCGGCUGGGUUGAUGACGGAGCUGGUGCGCAACAGGCAAGGCGACUUCGUGCUCGGGGGGGCCAACUGCCUGGAGUACGAGGACCUCGCCAAGGGGGAGGAUGUCUGGGGCCCUCAGGUUGCGGGCAUGCUGAGCCGGUGGAAUCAGCCUGGGGGUAUCAAUGGUGGCGAGAGCGCGGCACAGGAGAAGGUCAAGGUGGAAGAGAAGCUGGCAGAGGGCCCCAGCCCUCAGCGCGAGGGCACACCCCAGCAGGCAGGAAGCCCAAAGAAAACUGAUACCCCAAAACGACGGUCAGCCAGCCCGAAACGAGAGAGGAGCAGCAGUCCGAGAAAAAGCUGA